AUGUCCCAGAUAAAGCAGUCAGAAACCAUCAAAUUCCUCUUCCAGGCCAUAAGAAAUUGUACUCAAGACUUCCACAUAAGAAAUUUGAUUGGAGUGGGUGGAUAUGGGAAGGUUUAUAAGGGAAUGCUCUCAUGGGGAAAUCAUGUAAACCAGCUAGUUGCUAUAAAACGGCUACAUGUAACCCAAGUGGGUCAAGGUACCAAAGAAUUCAACAGCGAGGUGACCAUGCUUUCAAAGUAUCCACACAAAAACAUCAUAACCCUAAUAGGGUUUUGUGACGAUAACAAGGAGAUGAUAUUGGUUUAUGAAUAUGCAAGCCGUGGAAGCCUUGAUUCAUAUUUAACUGGCACUACUAGACCCGAUAGACCAUCAUGGACACAACUUUUAAAAAUAUGCAUUGAUGUUGCUUCUGCAUUGGACUAUCUUCAUAAUCACGUGUCACAAAACUACAGAAUAAUACAUAGGGAUAUAAAAAGCGGUAAUGUUUUGUUAGAUGAGAGUUGGAAUGCGAAACUUGCAGAUUUUGGGUUCGCUAAGAUAGGUCUAGCAAAUCAAGAUACCAGCUUUGUGAUCACCAAUGUCACCGACACAGCUGGUUAUUGUGACCCACAAUACCUUAAAACAGGUUUCUUAACAAAAGAGUCAGACGUCUAUUCUUUCGGUGUUUUUCUGUUUGAAGUUUUAUGUGGAAGGAUGGAGUGUGAACAACGUUACAAUGAUGAGAGGAAAUUCCUUCAUCAUUUGGCCCGGACCUGCUACAAAAAUGGAGAGAUAGACAAGAUUAUUGAUAACAGAAUACGGAAAGAUAUUAAACCUAGAACAUUGCUCAAGUUUUCAUCCAUAGCCUACCAAUGCUUGGAAAAAUCUCGGGAAAAACGACCUCCGAUUGCCGAGGUUGUAAUCCAACUUAAGUUGGCUAACCAAAUUCAAGUAAGUUUGAAUCUAAUUUUGUUAACUCCAUCAACUUUUUUUUAG